AUGGGCAAGCCUCGCUUAAUGGGAUGUCUCAUCUUACUCUGCUUUUUGAAGGUUUUCUCUGCAUCGUUUCCACAUGACUUUAACAAACCUGAUAAAGUACUCAUUCAUGAAAAUAACAAUGUUGUGGAAAUUGUGCAGUGUAGGAUGUGCCACCUCCAGUUCCCUGGGGAGAAGUGCUCUAGAGGAAGAGGAAUAUGUACUGCAAUGGCAGAAGAGGCCUGUAUGGAAGGAAAGAUCUUCAAAAGGGAUGGUUCCCUCUGGUUAAGCUUCAUGGGCUGCUUUAAGAACUGUGCUAAUGUGGAAAACAUAAAGUGGGGCACCUAUCUGGUGAACUUCAGGUGCUGCCGGGGCUAUGACAUGUGCAACGAAAAGUUUUAG